ACCUUAGUCAACUUAAGUGUCAUAGGAACACCUAAAGUAUCUAGUACCAAGUAGUAGAACGGUACCAGUUUGGUUUGGAUUACUUACUCGGCGAACGUUAGAAUUUUAUUUGACUUGGUGAGAUCCUAGUAUCCUGUGUAUAGGUACUUAAUUAAUUUUUAACAAUGUCGAAUUUUCUUGGAUUAAUUACUGUGGUACUUGUUCUAUUUGGUGCUGUCAAUGCUCAAAUAUCCAACAGCCUAGAUGAUCCAAAAAAAAUCCUGGAAGAUCCAAAUGUCAAGGAUUUGGAACAGAAAUUAAAAGAUAACGGAAUCUCUUUGCCAGACUUCAAUCAAACUUCCGUUGAGACAGAGAAGGCUGAGAAAGUACUUAGAGAAAAAUGUAAAAAACAAAAUGCUGAGGAUGCAGUAGACCUGCUGAAGGAACAGCAAGAAGCACUCAAACAAUGCGUCACCCUCUAUGUAAACGGCUCAGACAUCCAAAAUGAGCUAGAGGAAGCGAAAAAAACAGGAUCCAUGGAUGAAGUUUUCAAAAAAUAUUGUGGUAAAUGGCCUGAUGUUUACGGAUGUGCGGACAAUGCUACAGCUACUAUUAGAAGGUGUAUGACAAGUCAAGAAGACAAAGCCUUCAACAAAACCUUGGCUAUUGUUGAGGAACUGCAAGAAUUCAUGUGCUUUAAAGAUGGAGAUAGGUUAGCAAUGUUUGUAGCUGAAGGUGGAGUGGAAUGCAUUCAAGAACAACAGGAAGGCAUUAAAGAGUGCUUCAACGCAACCGUAGGUUCCAGAAUGCCACAAGAAGACGAUUUUUCAUUAGCAACUUUACCUACUUUUUUGUACACGGAACGUGAUUGCGCGGACUUCGACAAAAUCCGCACCUGUGUCAACGAGGUCCUAGAGAAAUGCCACGAUACUACGCCAGCUAAUAUUGUAGACGCUUCGUUGAAAUUUAUUAAAAAACAAAUGGCUUGUGGAACUGGGGAAGGAAUUGCUUUGAAAGUAGAAUCCAAUGUGGGUGCACAAAAAGUAAAUUCAGCACAUACCCCUUAUUCUAGCUCAAUAGCUGUUGUUUUUGGAAUUUAUUUGUUGCUGAAAUUAAAUUAGGUAAAUUUUCAGUUUUUUUUUUUUCAAAUAUGUACCUACCUUUCGCAUAAAAAUCUAAGCUAAGAAAUAGAUAGCUCUCAACAAAAAUAAUUUCAACUUGUUAUCAAAAGGUAAACAAAUUCCGAUUAAAAGGUAAUUAAUUUUUCAAUACCAAAUAAUAAUUUAGUUCUUUUUGCUUUAUGUAUGUGUGGUUAUAAUAAUUUCUGUAAAGGUAAUGGUAAUGGUAAUUGAGUUGGCACUUCGCCAAAAUAUGUACCUAUAGCAUGGAGAGAUUUAGUAUUACUAGCCGAGUAUUAUAACUAAAAAAUGUUUAAUAUGAUUCAACUAUUGGAUAUGUCUACAAUAACUUGUUUUUGUAAAAUAACAUAGAUAAUAAAUCAUAUUAAAACUGUUUGUUGUGAUACUAGAAUAAGAUUUAGAUUUUUUAUAAUAAAUAUUCUUUUGUUCUUUUUGAA